AGCACAGCACCUUCCUACCACCUUCCAAAAUGUCAAAGACAAAUGGCAGAGAAACUCUGACAAAACAAAACGACAACAUUAACUCAUAUAAUAUUUGAGUUUGAGUGCGAGAGAGACACGACACACACACACACACAAAAUCACUUUACAUUCCUCACUCACUUUCUUCACUUCAUCCUCCAUGAACCCCAACAACAAAACAGAAGAAGAAGAAGAAGAAGAACUCUUCCUCCACCAUCACCAUGAACAUGAACCACCCUCUUUCUCUCUCACCUCUCCCACCACUCAUUCACCUCCAUUCAUAACCCCUGACCCCCACAUCUCAUCCCAAUUCUACACCUUCAACAAGGACUCACAUGCCCUGAUGCUCCGCUCCCUCCUCCACGGCGGCCUCCCCACCACCGCCGACAUCAUCGCCGCCACCCCGCCAUCCAUCCUCACCUCUUGGCGCUCCGUCUGGAAGGAUCGGAAUGAGGACACAGCCUAUCUCACUGCGUGGAAGCGCAUCCAGGACAAACUCACCACCCACGUGGACCAACAUGGUAAUCACUUUCUUUGCUUCAAGAACAAUUCUCAGCAAUUUGUUUCCCAUGUUAACCAGUGGCAAGACAUUGUAAUGAGUUUUCACACUGAUGCUGAUUUGAAACACUUAGGGUUGAGAGAAACUGUAGAGAGAAUUAAGCAGGUUUGGACUGUAGGUGCUAAGUUUUAUGGCAUCCCUGAGAGUUACAUUAGGGUUUGUGUUGCCGCGUGCCCCGUUUGCUCCUCCGCGGCCGGGAGGAGCAAUAAGAGGCGUAGGUUUGAGUAUACUGAGUCUCUUGAUGUGCCUGCUAAGGAUGUUCCUAGGAGGCUUCAACAGUUGGCGGCAAAGCAUAAGGUUGUGCUUUGCAUUAGGCAGAAGUAUAUAAGGUUUAAGCCCUUUAUGGCUGAGGUGAAGGAUUAUGCUUGUCAUAGAGCAGGGGAGCCUGCUGCUGCUGCUGCUGCUACCAAGAAAUCUAAGGUUUUGAAGAGGGAACCCUAUGUGUCGAAGCGCUGCGGGUGUGGAUUUCGCAUCAGGGCUAUUGUUCCCAUAAAGGAUUAUAAUGAGAAGGAUAAGACUUUUGUAUAUGAAGAAGAGGGGGUGGCGAUUUUCAAGUUGUAUGCGGUGCAUUCGGGGCAUGAGCCUGGGCCGUUGGAUGGUAAUGCCAGGAUUAUGCAUCGGGUUGUUGGUCACAAGGGCAGCUAUAUGAUGGAUCAAGAAACGGUGUAUGGGGUGAGGGAGGAUGUGCAGAAUGAAGGUUUUGGGUUGUUGGGGAAGGAUGAAGGAGAUUUGCAGUUUUUGAUUUUGCAACAGGUGCAGGAAUUGAGAGCUGAAGUUGGGGUGUUGGAAGGGAAAGUUUCGAAAAUCUCGCGUGAAUUAUUGGUUUCUGUUUCUCAAGAAUUGUUUGAUAUUAUGAAUAAAAUCAGAAAUAUAGGGGAAGUGAAUUCAAAGCCAAUUGGGUUGCUAGCUGAUGAGCCACAUGCAGAUGAUGUCUUGGUUGGGGAUAAUGAUCUGGCAAAUUGGAGUACUCAUGAACAUGAACAGAUUUUUGGGGAUGGCAAGGACACAGAGCUUAUUGAGGUUGAGGAUGACGAAGACAGUUUUGGCCUCACUCUAGGAGAAGCAGUUUCUUGGGACCAGAUGAGGGCAGAUUGUAGAAGUCAGAAAGAUCUGUUAAGUGAAACUUGUAAGCCUGAAAAGUGGUUGAAAUGCAGUGACUUCGAUGAGAAUAACAUCCUUGAUUAUGAGGACAUUAAACUAAUAAAGCACAUCAGACGUGAUGAGGCUAUAGUUGCAGAUGUAGGUCUUGGCUGUAUACAGGUUGAUAGUUUCUACCAAGACAAUCCUAAAUGGUAUGAUUCUCCUUGUGGUUUGGAUGCUGUUGCAGACUGUGGGGAUGGUGGAUUCUAUCAUGGGGAGAUCUUGUCAUGCCCUGAACGUCAAAGUUAAUAGAUUCUAGCGUAGUGUGUUUGAAAUUCAUUUUUCAUAUUCACCCUAUCUGACUUGUAGAAGUGGGAUUGUACAUUCAUGGGUACAGAAGAUUGGAGCCGCACACAUGCUUUCAGGUGUAAAGUAUGAUGAAGUAUGCUUCUUUGCACAUAACUUUGUUAUGAAUACUACUAUGUUAACCUUGUUCGGCCUUUAGAUUUUGUAGUUUGGUCCUUCAUAUAUUACAUAUAUGUAUUUUCAGUAAUUUUUUUUGGAAUUUUAGAGAUUUUUGUAUUAGUAUGAGGAGCCUUUGGUAAUUUAAUUCCAUAUUGCACUAUGCGGAACUUAAUCUUUAUGGCAUGUAUGUAUCUUACUCCUUAGACAAUUGCUAUACAUAAUUGUUCAUUUUUUUAUAUGCAAAAAUCAUUUAGAUUUUGGUUUGAUGUGAGUCCGAAGAUUAUCAAUUGCUUUACCGUACGGGUGAAACAAUGCCCUUUAUCCUCUUGUAUCUCUGCCCCACAUUUUAUGUCAUCUUGGCACUAUUUUUAGCAAUUGCUAUUAUAUCAAGUUGAAGAUUGCAGGUUUUUGGUGCUUUUAUCCUUCAGGCCACUUUUUUGAAUUUCCCAAUUCUGAUGUUUGAGGUUUUUUGUAUUUAAGUGUCUUCUCCUUCCUCCAGAUGUUGUCUUGUAACUGUAAAUGGGUUACAAUUUGGUUCCCCCCACCAUGGUAGUCAAAAUCGAGAUCCUUCCUAGGAUUGGAAGGGGAGGGAAAUAUGUGAAUCGUGUGAUCAUAAGAUCCUACCUAGUAUACAAAAUUAUAUUCAAACAUUCACAGAUGUAUAUAAAAGCAGCAAUCCAUAGGAGCAGAACAGAACAACAGAACAGAAGAGUCUGAACCUGCAGAAUCGCAGUAGAGCCCAAGAACCAGCGAA